AGGGCAUAGAUCGGCGGGCGUUCGGUUCGGCCUUUGGAGGGCAAAGAUCCCCCCCGCCAUGCCGUCGCCAAAGUUCGUGCAGGCGGUGGAGGCUGUGAGGCGGGCACCGCGGCGGAUGGCCUCCGCUGAGGACGUGCAGGCAGAGGAGCUCGAUGGAGCGAACUCCAGCUUCGAGUCCGGCGUCGUGGAUGUGGGGGCAACCUUCGGGACCCUGAGCGCGGAGGCCUUCGAGAUCAGUGAUGCGCUCACUCACGAGGCGAUCUCGGAGAUCCGGAACUUCAACUUCUGCCGCUCCGCGCGGAAGUCGAUCCUCUUGAGCCUGGGCGUCUCACCUGGAGCUUCCCCCUCGCCGGAGAUGACGCAGGACAUCUUGCGGCCGUACUCGAAAGCUUCCGAUAGCGCUUGCGUGAAUGCGUACAUGGCCACGCUGUUGGGCGCCGGCACCUUCAGGCUGUCGAGGGCCAUUUCCAGGUGCGGGUGGCUGAUUGGGUUUGGCGCCCUUGUGGUCUUCUCGCUGAUGCACGUCUUCAUCUGCCUGAGGCUGGUGGAGGUGCCGCAGCUGAUCCAGCGCGACGUGCCCAACGCCACCUUCCUGGCCAAGGUCUUCCUGCACCGCAGGGCCUACUCCAUGAUGGCGAUUCUGUCAGUGCUAAGCUGGUUCGGCGCCUGCGCCAUCCAGCUGCAGAACGUGUUCACCAACGUCCUCUCGGUGAUCGCCGCUGACAUCGCGGGGCAGGCGUCGAGGCACGAGACGCCUUUCGGCUGGAAGCUCUUCGGCACUUUCGUGCUGGCCCUGGUCAUAGUGCCCCUCUCGCUGAAGACCAGCGCCAAGGACCUGCAAACGAAGGCCUCCUAUGCGGUGUAUGCCAUGCUGGCGAUUGGUGUGGUAGAGAUGACUUGCGCCUUCAUCCACGGGAUCUUCAAGUUGGUGUCAGAUCCUCCAGACUACCACAGCUGUGGGAACAACAUCACUGGAGGCUUGUAUGACAUGCUUCUGGCAUUUGGCGGCAUUGCCAUUCUGCCGUAUGUGCUGGCCGACAUGCUUCAGCCGCAAAAUGCCCGGAAGGUGGUGAUAGAGGCCACGACUCAGAUCAUGCUCUACUACCUCUCCGUCGCCAUGAUUUGCUACUUCGGGUGGGCGGACUCUAUCCAGUCCCGCACCCCGCUGCAGCAGAUGAUGUCCAUGAGCUUGUUCUACCAGAAUGCAGCUCGGGUCAUCAGCUUUCUGUUCAUCAUCAAGACCGUCACCACCUUCCCGCUGACCUUCUGGCCGCUGUACCGGGAGGUGGAGGCCUUGCUGGACCUGGACGACUCCCCGGGCUUGCAGCUGCAGCUGCCCUGGGCCAUCCGGCGCCAGCGCUUCCUCAAGGUCUUCACCAAGGUGGCGCUGGUGUCUGCGUGCCUGACCUUGCCGCAGGAUGACCUUGCUCCUGGACAGCGAAAGCAACCACACCAUGGUCACCGCCUUCAUGGGCGUGCCGCUGAAUGUGGUCCACUUCGUGUUCCCGGCCUGCGUGGGCUGCCUGGCCAUUCGCAUGCACCAGAAGAUCCUCCACACGCGCGCCGAGGGCGCGGACGGGGGCGUGAAGUACAUCUGCAACAGCCUGAAGAUCCACUCCUGCGCGAUGCACCUCCUCGCCGGUGUCAUGAUCCUGAUCGGCGCCGCGUUGUUCGGGUACAUGCUGCUGGACAUUUGGACCAUUGAGGGCUGCUCCUUGUGGAGCAAGUCCUGCGAGCCACUGUCCC